UUUUUUUUUCCCUGCCUGCCGGAAUAUGCAAACCACGGCCAGUCUCGGGGCCCUGGACGACGCCCAAGGCGAGUUAUUGCAUUUUGGCUUGUGCGAGCACGGACCCGUUGCUUGGCUUCGUUACUAGCUGGCAGGCGCUUGGGUCGACCGCGACGGGAUGCCCCGCGCUUCUCCUCCUCAGACGCAUGAGGUGCCUCUCGCCGCUUAAAAGAGGUUUGAGUCGGACGCCGCCUGCGCGUCGCUUCCCCCCUCCCUCAUGUCCCUCCUCUCUCUCCCUUCGACGGCCUUGUGUUUGCGAACACUGCCUUCCCUGAGAGUCGCCGCGGCCUGCAGGACCAAGACGCUCGCCAGACCUCGUCCCGUUCAGCAGAGAUUUUUCACCAGAACCGCCGUCGCCAUGACUGCCACCGAUCUCACUCACUACCUGGCCGACUCCCCGCCCGCGGUUGUCCGCCUGGAGAUCGAGAAGCACUUUGAUGCUCUCAACGACAAGCAGAAGCGCUAUGCUCACUUUGUUAGCCAGGCUUGCUUCGCUGGCACCCGCAUCGUGCUCCGACAGCUGUCACCCGAGGCAGAGUCCAUCUAUGACUUCAUUCUUGCCCUCCACAGGACCUGCAAUGGCGACUGGAAGGCGCUGGCGGCCAAGGCCGGCGUCGAAGAGGCCGAGGUCGAUCACUUCCUCGACUACGCGGCCAUGUUCCUGGGUAACAUGGGCAACUACAAGAGCUUCGGAGACUCCAAGUUCAUCCCUCGCUGCGCCGAAAAGUCCCUCGCUGCUCUAGCUGCUACGAGCCCCGAGGCCACCAAGUUCUACAAGGCGACCGCCGGCGGCAUCUUCAGCUCUGACAAGCAGGCUCUCAUGCAUCUCGGCUUCCCUGACGCCGGUCAUCUGAGCAACUACUACCCCGACUCGCCUGACAUCACCAAGGCUGAGAUCGAGGCUGUCUCGGCCUGGAUGGAGGCCAAGGGCCUGCUCCCCGAGAACACGAGACUGCGCAAGGCGGCCGACACCUUCGAGAUUCUCAUUGCUUCGUCGGUUACCUCUGUCCCGUCCAGUGGCGGCGACAUCGGCAAGGAGACGUCCUUCCCGGUUGAAGACGGUCUCUUGAAGGGCAAGACAAUCAAGCUCGUGUAUGGAGACUACAGCAAGGAGAUGAAGGCAAUCGCGGACAAUACUGCCAAGGCCGCCGACAACGCCGACAACGAGACCCAGAAGAAGAUGUACACCAACUACACGGAUUCCUUCGCCAACGGAUCCCUCGAGGCGUACAAGAACGCCCAGCGUGACUGGAUCAAGGACAAGGGGCCCAUGGUCGAGUCCAACAUCGGCUUCGUCGAGACCUACAGAGACCCCGCCGGCGUCCGCGGCGAGUGGGAAGGCUUCGCUUCCAUGGUGAACCUCGAGCGCACACGAGCCUUUAAGAAGCUUGUCGACUCUGCGCCCACGCUCAUUCCCCUGCUGCCUUGGGGCAAGGACUUUGAAAAGGACAAGUUCCUCUCCCCCGACUUUACGUCGCUCGAGGUCAUGACUUUCAACGGAUCCGGCAUACCUGCUGGCAUCAAUAUCCCCAACUACGACGACAUCCGCCAGACCGAGGGUUUCAAGAACGUGUCUCUCGGCAAUGUCAUGAGCGCCAAGGCGCCCAAUGAGAAGAUUCCGUUUAUUCGCGAAGAAGAUGACAAGUUCUUCCGGCAAUACCGCGACGCUGCUUUUGAGGUUCAGGUCGGCCUUCACGAGUUGACCGGCCACGGCUGCGGAAAGCUUUUGCAGGAGACAUCCCCCGGCGUCUUCAACUUCGACAAGGACAACCUGCCCGUCAGUCCCGUCACCGGCAAGCCCAUCACGACCUGGUACAAGCCUGGCCAGACUUGGGGCUCCGUUUUCGGCAGCAUCGCGGCGUCCUACGAGGAGUGCAGGGCGGAGCUCGUCGCCAUGCACCUCAGCUGCGAGUUCGCCGCCCUCGAGAUCUUCGGUUUCGGCGACGGCAGCAUCGACAUUGAUGGCGAGGCCGGCGACGUCCUGUAUGCCUCGUAUCUCGGCAUGGCCCGCGCUGGUCUCGCCUCUCUCGAGAUGUGGGAUCCCAAGAGCCAGAAGUGGGGUCAGGCGCACAGCCAGGCGCGCUUCUCCAUCCUCAAGUGCUUCCUCGAGGCGGGCGACGACUUCUGCAAGCUCGACUACACCAAGGACGACCUCUCCGACCUGACCAUCAAGCUUGACCGCUCCAAGAUCCUCACCGCCGGCCGCGACGCCGUCUCCAAGUACCUCCAGAAACUGCACGUCUACAAGUCCACGGCCGACGUCGAGACGGGCACCGCCUUCUACGUCGGCAUGACGACGGUCGACCCCGACUUCUGGGGCACAAAGGUCCGCAAGGUCGUCCUCGACAACAGGCAGCCCCGCAAGGUCUUCGUCCAGGCCACCACGGCCCUGGACGAGGCCUCGGGCACCGUCUCCCUCAAGCACUACGAGGCUUCCCCGGUGGGCAUGAUCCAGAGCUGGGUGGACAGGAACCUGUAGAGAUGACUGUGAAUAUGCAUGUGAAAUGUGGCUGCGAUUGUGUGGGUUGGCGUACUAUGUACAAUGUCUAAAAUGGAAAUA